AUGGACUUGACAGAGAGGAAGAAGUUUGAAGAUGAAAUAACACAACUCGAAGAAAAAGAAAGGAAAUUACAACAAGAAUUGGAACCAAUUCUUCAACAAAUUGGAGAAGUUCAAGAAGCUCAUGAAAAUGUCCUUGACUGGUUGCUCCACAGAGACAACACAAUGGAUGAAACAAUGGACCAACUUGAAGAAUUGUUUCUCCUUGAAAUGGAAUUCAAAGACCUAACAAAGUAA